CUGGAGUCUGCCCAGAAGAAGCGCUUAAGCAGGCUGCAUGCUUUGCUAGAGAGGGCUCGGGACGCUGAAACUUGGAUGUUAGGAAGGAUUUGUUUUGUUUUUUGGACUAAAAGAACCACAACAGAUUGAAAGCAAAAGCUGGGAUGAUUCAGCUCAAACUAGAAUUUGUCAUGAUAGUAACAAUAAACUGUCAUAGCUGUGGGGAGUUUCCUGACCCAAGACACGCAGAAUCACACUAGGAGACGUAGUCGUGAGAACGGACAUCUGACUUCUGCAAUCAUGAUCAAACUGAUGAGUCUUAUUGUUGUUGCAUUUUUGCUGCUUGCUGUGAAACCAAUUCCAGUACAGCCUUUAUUCUGCUGGACCAGUUGGUAUGAUCGGAGUGAUCCCACUGGUAUGGGGGACUGGGAAGAUCUUCCUGACCUGAGGAGGGAAAAUCCAGGAGAAAUUUGUCCCAGACCUUAUGCUAUUCAGGCUGUCACUGUUGAUGGGAACAUCCCAGCCACAAGCACGGGACAGCAAUUCUAUGCCUACAACACCAAAAUGGGCUUCAUUUGUCGCAAUGAGGAUCAGAAUCCCGGUCCGUGCUUGGACUACAAGGUUCGCUUCAGAUGUCCGUGCUUUUCUCCACCUGAAUGUAACCCAGAGUGCCCGUAACCCGAGAGAAAAAUAAUGAUGUGAUUUUUGCAGAUUUUUAAAGAUCGGUUAUUUUUUCAGACUGAAACAAGUUUUUGUCACUUGUUACUGGGGCCUUUUAUAGUGAUUAUGCUGAAGGUGGUCUCUUCGGUCAACUUUGGAGAAAUUAAUUACAAAUAAUAAAAAUUGUCAGUGAAAGCUAA